AAAUUUGGCAUUUUAAGCUGAUUCUCAAGCAUCCCAAAAAGCAAUCGAAGCCCCCCUCCCCACAAUUAGUGUAUUGCAGUGUGGAUCAUGGAAGCCAAACCCAGCAAAAAAGACUUGUGCACAAAUUAUUUGCUUAUAAACCCUAAGCAAGCCUCUCUCUUUGAUAUUUUUAGCGUCUUAUUUUCCAGAAAUCUAAAGAAGAGGAAAUUCAUCGAGUCCUCUUUUGAAGAACUAGAAAGUUUCCUGUACAGAUUUCUUAUAGUCAUUUCUGCACUGAUACAGAAGUUUCUGCAUAAGAUAUCCAUGCCGAUGGCGAUGAUAGGGAGAACCAUAGUGUUUUUACUCAACUUUUUCUACAUUAAUGGUGGCUUCUUUGGUCUCAUAAGAAAUAUAAUGCAAGUGAGGGUUGUGAUUCCAGACAAGAAGGCUGCAGCCUACCUCUCUUUUAUUGGAUUUACAGACACGAGAAUGGAGCUAGAUAUUACUAUUAAAUAUGGAAAUGCCAUGUAUUAUCCAGCACUCUCGAUUAUGGCUUGUAAAGCAGCUUACAAUAAUGCUGCUUAUAACCAAGCUCUUAUCGAAGGUCAAUGGAAGAUGGAGUUCUUGGGAUAUAAAGAUUAUUGGAAUGAUUUCCUUGGAAGAGCCGAUACACAAGUUGUAAUGUUUCGAGAUAAAAGUGUUGACCACGACACCAUUGUUGUGUGCUUCAGAGGAACACAACCGUUUAAUACCGAAGAUUGGUGUUCGGACGUUGAUUUGUCAUGGUACGAAUUCCCUCACAUUGGAAAGGUUCAUAGCGGUUUCUUGAAAGCCCUGGGGAUGCAAAAUAUUGUAGGGUGGGCGCAAGAAGUGGACCACGAUUCAGCUCACCCUCCACGCCGAGCGCCCUUGGCUUACUACGACAUAAGGGAUACGUUGAGAGACCUUUUGCAAAAGAACCCCGAAGCCAAAUUUAUAGUGACGGGCCACAGUUUGGGCGGGGCUUUGGCUAUUCUUUUCCCGGGGAUACUGUUUUACCACGACGAGGAAUUGUUGCUUGAGAGGAUGGAAGGGGUUUACACGUUCGGACAACCCAGAGUUGGGGACGAAGCGUUCGGGCAGUACAUGGAGGAGAAUUUCAGAAAGAAUAGGAUUGAAUAUUACAGAUAUGUUUACUGUAAUGAUAUGGUUCCUAGGAUUCCUUCUGAUGGCCUCUUCAAGCACUUUGGUACCUGCGUUUACUACAACAGCGAAUAUAAACCAUCGAUAAUUGAGGAAGAACCAUACAAGAACUAUUUGUCAAUUUGGGGCUCCAUUGACAUGCGAAGAAACGCCAUAUAUGAGCUGAUAAGAAGCUUCAUUAUGUUGACCAAGUAUGGAGAAGCUUACAAGGAAGGGUGGCUGCUAUUUUUUAUCAGAAUCUUUGGAUUGAUGAUCCCUGGCGUACCAGCUCAUUGUGCCCAAGAUUAUGUCAACUCCACUCGUCUUGGAUCCCUCCGCCAUCUUCAUUUCUAUCAUUUCCACCAUAAAAAGAACCGCUCCUAAACAAGAGUUUCAUUUGCACUUUUAAUAUUUCAAUAAAAAUGUUAAACUUUAAAUGUGUACUAAAGAGUUAGUGUGAUAGGUUGUUUAGCUGCAUGAGCUCUUUUGAUUGUUUCUAUAUAAUCCUCUUGUAUAAAUCUAGCUCAUCUCCAUUUGGAGAUAUUAGAGAUUAUUGAAUAAAAUAGGUAGAUCUGCUGUUUUUUUUUUCCCA